GGGAGUCAGUCAUAUGAACUCAUGGCGCGUCGAGCGCGCGUCUCAAACACACGCGAUAUUGGCGCGAAAACGCGAAAUAGUUUUAUUUUUAAUCUCUCAAGAAAGUCAAACUGUCAAACAUUUUAGCUUUUUAAAUCAUGUAAAAAAAGUAAAUUCAAAUUAAAAUAGAUUUUUCCUACUUAUUUUUUAAAACUAACGAUAUUCGAAUGAGUAUUUUAGUGCCAGUAUUAUUUUAUUUAAAAAUUUCUUUUAAAAAUUGCAUUUAUUAAUUUUAAAAAGUGAAUUAGAAAAAUGAAUUUGUUGUUAUUUUUGUUUUUGGCGAGUUGUGCUGUAAGGUGCGAUGACAGCAACAACUACUACGUAAUCCAGAUGCCAGAAGACGAUACACCGGUCCCAACCCCCCCUCGAACCCCCCCAUUCGAGGUCUACUGGAACGUCCCCACCAUGCAAUGCUCCUCAAAGAAAAUCCACUUCACCAACUUGUUUGACAAGUUCGGGAUUCUUCAAAACUCCAAUGAUAGCUUCAGAGGAGAGAAGAUCGCGAUACUGUAUGACCCAGGGUUUUUCCCAGCGCUCUUUAGGAAUGAGUCCAGUGGAAAACUCAGGUUCCGGAAUGGGGGGGUCCCUCAGGAGGGGGAUUUGGAUCUGCACCUGAAGGCUUUCCGGAGUGUCUUGGACCAGAGUAUUCCUGAUAAAGAAUUUAGUGGGAUCGGCAUAAUAGACUUUGAGUCGUGGCGUCCGAUCCUGCGACAGAACUUCGGCGAGGUGGUUCCGUACAAGGCAGUCUCGUAUGAGAUAGAACGAGACAGACACUGGUGGUGGCCGCAGCAGUGGAUUCAUGAUGAGGCAAAGAAACGUUUCGAGGACGCAGCGCGCCUGUUCAUGCAAAACACGAUAGCGGCGGCCAAGCAGAUGCGGCCGCGGGCCAAGUGGGGUUACUACGGGUUCCCGUACUGCUUCAACAUGGCCAGCAACAACAUGAACCAGCAUUGCGCUAAGAACGUUCACGGGGAGAAUGAUCAGAUAGACUGGCUCUGGAUGGAGAGCACAGCGCUGUAUCCGUCAGUAUACAGCUUCAAGCAGCUGACGACGAGCCAGCUGACGCAGCUGAUCAGCGGUAGAAUACAGGAGGCGGCGCGAGUCAGGAGGACACAUACGCCUAUAUUGCCUUACUUCUGGUUCCGAUACAAAGAUGGCGGGUUCUUGGCCGAGGCAGAUUUGCAAGCAGCAUUGAAGACAUUCAACUUGUCACAUGCGUCAGGCUUCAUCAUCUGGGGCAGCUCUAACGACGUGAACACAGUAGACAAGUGCCAAAAACUGCUUAACUAUAUAGAAAAUGUCAUGGGACCGGCCAUUGCUAAAUACACUAAAGGAAACAAACAGCACGAUGAAGCUAAUGAUGUAAAUAUUGUUGCUGAAAACGAAGCUGUUACUGAUAUGACUAUGGUUAAUGAUGCUACUACUGGAAUUUAUACUACAGAGACAGAAACUGAAAGUUUGGAAAAUAUAAAUACAACUACAAUAAAACCGGCCUUACAUGAUGCCAUAGAAGAUUAUGUUCGUUUGGUCGAUGAUGAAACUACCGAUCCUACUCUGGAAAAUGACUCACAAGAACUAGUAAUAGUACAAGAGGAACUAGUACAAACUGAUAAAAAUAAUCAAAGUAUAAUAGAAGAGAAAGAUACAGUAUUGAACAAACUUAAUGAAAGUGUACUUAUUGAUUUACUACUUAAUACUUUAUUUAGUAACAUAAGUAAAGAAAAUCAAACUAUAAUAUUGAAUGUAGAGGCUGAUAAACAUCCAAAUAAUAAAAUUAACUUAAAAACUACUGAAAACGCUUUGGCAAAUUCUAGUGAUUCUACAUUAAGAGAAGACAUACCUCUAGAUAUACAUUUGAUAAAACUAAGUAAGGAUAAAAUGAAAGGUGAACCAAAACAUGGACUCGUAAAUCAAGCUACUGAUAGUUUACAGCAAUCAUCUUUGAGUGGUGCAUCCCAAGGUACUACAGAAAACAUUUUAGAGACAAGUACUUACCUAGCAAGUAAUUCAAUACAAGGAAUAGCUAAAAAUAAUGAGAAAGACGACGAAAAUUAUAAUACAAAAACUAGUUACGCUAAAACCACUGAAAAUGUAUUUUCAAAGAUUACAGAUAUUAGUACAGAAGGUAUUCCUAGUAAUAUCGAAACUAGUACUUAUUUAGGAAACUUGCCAAAACAAAGACUAAACAAAGAUGGAAAGAAGGGUAAACCUAAACAUGAUUAUGUAGUCUUAAGAUCAACUGAACUUACCACCGAAUUUUAUGAUUCUCCUACUACUGCUGAAAAUACUUUAACAACUGACACAAAUGGUUUAAAAACUACCGAAUUAUACGACAAAUCCAUCGACCUACUAUUGGAUUCAACACAUUACAUUGAUUAUACGACAGAUGAAUCUAGUACAACAUCCACAACCGUUGUUGAUUACGACGUUUCAACAGAAAUACCUUUAGACCCUUCAAUAAAUAGGAAAAAUCGCAUUCUUAAAAAGAUCUCAGUUGAAAAACAAACUGAAGCUACCUCAGAAACUACAGAAAAUUAUAAAAGUGAUAGAGGCUAUACUACUGAAAAACAAAGUACAAAUAUUAACGAAUUUAUUAGCAAAGAUUUACGAAAAGGAAGGCCAAGGAUUGACAGGGAAGAUCUUGCAGAUGACAAGGCAGAAUUUGUUGAUAAUCUACAGUCUAGUUCCAGUAUCGAACAGGUUACUGGCUCGGCGCACAUCUCUCGUCCCAAAUACCUAAUCUGUAUCAUGUUCUACUUCUAUUCUGUGUCCAAAUGCCUCUGCGACUUAUACGGGCAGUGUUCAUAAUAUUAUGUGUUCUUGUGACUAAUUAUUAUCUGUGAUAUAUUUUGUAUAAUUUUGUAAAUAUACCUAGUUGUAAAUGUUGUUCCCGUCACAAUCACCGCUUAGAUUAUUAAAGUCAAUAUUUUUGUGAAUUUA